AUUUGACAGUGUUUUGAGAUUGUGAUUGCAACACGCUGAUUUGCGGCGAUGUUGUUUUGAUUAGUUGUUUUUAAGUAAAUUAAAUUCGAAUUUGAAGAUUUAAAAUGUUCUCACAAACGUUAAGGCGAUUCGCCAAUUUACUAAGCCCUAACAAGCAAUUGCCAAUUCGCUUAUGCAGUACUGUGUUUGAACCACAAACAGCUCGGGCUGUUGCAUCACAUAAUAUUCACAAUAUUAAUGUGACGGGAAAAGUGCUGAAUAUUUACAAUUUUGAAAAUGGCACAAUGACAUUCUACAUCAAAUCUGUGUGUCCGGGUGGUUUUUAUAAAAUGCACAAAGUAUUGCUUACACAAAGAAAUGCUGUAUUGUUGGAUAUGAUGAAAACGAAUUUAGCGCUCGAGCAAAAAGUGCAUAUAGCAGGCAAAUUGAAUACGUCUCGAUUUCAAACGUAUGAUGGCAAACAUAGGAGCACUUCAGCAAUUAUGGCAACGCAAGUGUUUAUAUUUAGCGAUGGAGCAGUGGCAAAAGAUUCAAAACAUGCAUCCACAACUGAAACAGCCCCAAAUGAAGUGGCCGUGCCUGAACCAGUCAUCGAUGAGAAUUCAGUAGAAUUGUCAGGCACAAUCACAACUGGUAUUAGUGGAGGAGAUCAGUUCAAAAGUUUCACUUUGGGCACGCUUAAGGUUCCCCAUUUGAGCAGAACCGAUCCAAAGAAUGUAUCCUUCAAUCGAAUUUUUGUGUAUGACAAAUCUUUAUUUCCCACACUAAAUGGGGUACGAGUCAAGAGAGACGAGAUCUUAGUACGUGGUGAAAUAUCCUAUCGCAUGUACAAGGAAAUAUCGGGCAAAACUGUAACUUCAUCCUAUAUCAAAGCCACACAAAUCUACCGAAUAUAAAUGUCUAGUCAAUAGAAAUAGCAUCCAAUGUUGACAUUUUCGUUCAAUUCGUUUUUACUGGAAUUCAACGAGUUUCAUUGAAGAAUUUAAUGUAAUUAAAAUUGAUUGAAAAAAUAUUGUUUGAAUUGAAAUUAAUUUGUUCAUUUUAACAAAAAAAAAAAGAUUUUUUCAAUUCAUUUGAAUUUUAUGUGGGGGAGGCUCAUUUUCAGCUGACGUUUAUCGAUUUGACACAUGUUUUCUCUUUUCUUUGCACGUGUGACCAACUUCACGUCAUUCACAUCAGUCAUUGUAUAUGGUGUUGGACGAACUACACAAAAAUAUCAGUCGAAAAGUUGUAAUUUGAUUGUAAAAAUCCAAAUAAAAAGAUGGUCGUGUGGAGUUCGACAAUCCGAUCAAUUGCUCAACCUAGUUUGACGAAUAUUUUAUCGAAACCCGGCGCAAUCCAGGCAAUCUGCAAAAAUGUUGCGAUUCAGGUGCGACAUGGCGGUCAUGGUCCUCGUAUGAUGGAGAUACAGCCAUCACGUUUCCAAUGGAACAAAUUUAAGGAUAAUCUUCAUUUCUACACUUUGGUCGGAGCCAUCCCAUGUAUAGCCAUCAUCUUUAUAACAAAUGUUUUCAUUGGCCCAGCCCAAUUGACACCAAUUCCAGAAGGAUACGAUCCAAAACACUGGGAAUACCACAGACAUCCGAUUAGCCGUUUCAUGUCACGAUACAUUUUCCCAACUCCACAACAAGAUUACGAAAAAACGUUGCACGUUUUGUAUGUCGAAAAUGAGAAGAAACAAUUGCGAUUUUUAGAAGAAAAAGUGGAAAAUUUAAUGAAAGAACGCCGAGAUUACCAAGCCUACUAUUAUCGCCCAGUUACCGCCAAGAAUCUGCGCGUAUCACGAGCUGCGACCGACUUUUUGGAAUCACUUUGGGGUGAUAAUUAGAUUAUGUGCUAUUUACUAUUUAAAAGAAAUGUUUAAUUGAUUGUAGAAAGAGCACUCUCGUUAUGUUGUGUCAUGUGGAUGCUCUUAGACAAACACCAUGGAAAAUUGAAUAAAAAAAAAAAAUUAAA